CCUGAUGGGGCUAUAAAAGUUUGAGUCCACUUGCACGUUGGGCAUCUUGUCCAGCUGAUCUCUCUCCAGGGGUUGCACCAAAGGUCCUACUCACCAUGAAGCUGCUCUUCCAGACGCUGUGUCUCUGCCUGGCCCUGGGCCUUGCCACACCCUCGCAUCAUGAGGGACAUUUACAGGGGGAUGAACCAGCAGGUGAUGCGCCAAAGCAUGACCACUCCAUGCACCACGCCGCUGUGCUUGAUCGCUGUGCUGGAAUGGAGAUGGACGCAGUGGCAAUCACAGAGCAAGGAGUGCCAUACUUCUUCGAAGGUGAUCACCUCUUCAAGGGCUUCCACGGAAAGGCGGAACUCUCCAAUCAAUCUUUUUCUGAGCUGGAUGACCAUCACCACCUGGGGCACGUGGACGCUGCUUUCCACAUGCACAUCCCUGAUGCUCCUGAGCAUCACGAUCACAUGUUCUUCUUCCUGGACACCAAAGUGUUCAGCUACUACAACCAUACCCUGGAGCCAGGCUAUCCUAAGGACAUCAAGGAAGUCUUCCCUGGGGUUCCCGACCAUCUGGAUGCUGCUGUGGAGUGUCCAGAGGAGGACUGCAAGUCCAACCUGGUCAUCUUCUUCAAAGGUGAUGAUAUCUACCACUACGAUGUCAAAACCCAGAAGAUGGACGAGAAGGAGUUUGCGAGUAUGCCUAACUGCACCUCAGCCUUCCGCUGGCUUGGCCACUAUUACUGUUUCCAUGGUCACCAGUUCUCCAAGUUUGACCCAAUGACAGGAGAGGUACAUGGCAGAUACCCCAAGGAUGCCCGUGAAUACUUCAUGAGGUGCCCAAAGUUUGGUGAUGCCAGUAACCACGUGGAGAGAGAGCAGUGCAGCCAUGUGCACCUUGAUGCAGUUACAUCUGAUGAUGCUGGAAGUGUUUAUGCAUUCAGGGCCCACCACUUCCUGCGUAUGGAGGGAGAGAAAAUGCAUUCAGACACCAUUGAGAGUGCCUUCAAGGAACUCCACAGUGAGGUGGAUGCUGUCUUCUCCUAUGAAGGCCAUAUGCACAUGAUCAAGGACAGUGAAGUGUAUGUCUACAAGGUUGGGGAGCCACACACACACCUGGAAGGCUACCCAAAACCUCUGAAAGAGGAGCUUGGAAUUGAUGGACCUGUGGACGCAGCCUUUGUUUGCCAAGACCACCAUAUUGCUCAUGUGAUUAAAGAUCAAACCCUCUAUGAAGUGGACCUAAAGGCAACUCCUCGAGUGCCUAUUAAGGAUGGCCCCUUGACCCUCUUCAAGUAUGUGGAUGCUGCUAUGUGUGGGCCUGAUGGAGUCAAGAUUGUUGUUGGCAACCAUUUCUACCACUUUGAGAGCCUCAUGAUCAUGCAAGCUGCCAAAGCCAUCCCUGAAGCCAAGAGGGUGUCCACGGAGCUCUUCGGCUGCGACCACUAGAGGGAGCCCAAGAGUUAUCUGGAGUGGGCUGAGCCUGAGCUGUGGAGCUACAGACAAAACAUGCGGCACAUGUGAAACCAACUCCAUCCACUGCCUCACAGACCAAAUGCACGACCCCAGUCAGUCUCACAUAGUGGCAUUUCCUGUUUCCUCUUAAUGCCCUCUUCGACUUUAUGUGUAUACUUCUACCUCUAUACUUCUACUGCUCUGGCCCUACCUUCCCACCAACACACAUGCUUACACAACCACAGAGAUAGUAUUAUAUGUUUUCCAUGUCAUUGUGGUUUGUGCUGACUGAGUUUUGAACAUUCCAACAAUUAUUGAUUUUGUUAACAGGUUAAAAAGAAAAUAAACAAUCAAUGCCUUUAAA